AUGGCAAGUGCAGAUAAGGACGCCUUACUGGAGCUGGAAGCCGCUCCUGCUUCUCUUAAAUCAGCAGUAUGGAAAUAUUUUGCGUUCGCGGUGAGUUAUGUCGACAGCGUUCGUGUUGUUGACAAGAAGACAACAGUGUGUAAAAUGUGCUACACGCGUGUGCCUUACCCGGCUACGGGAAACACAACGAACAUGGCUGGACACAUUCGCCGUCAUCACAAAGAUGUUGAUUUGGCUGGAAAAACAUCAUCAUUGGUCCAGCCAACUAUUGACUCUUCGUUUGUAAUGAAACUUGCACAGACCUCAGCUCGCGCUAAAGCAAUAACUAACGCUAUAGGGCUAUUCAUAGCAGCAGGCCUGCAGCCUUAUUCAGUGGUGGAAAACGCUGGGUUUAAACAUUUAAUUAGCGUACUUGAGCCGCGCUACAGUAUUCCCAGCAGAUCGCAUCUUACAACCAGAUUGUUGCCCUCCAUGUAUGAAGAUGCUAAAGAAAAAGUUUUGAGGGGUCUAAGCACUGCAGAGUUAGUUGCCAUAACAACAGAUGGCUGGACCUCAAGAGCAACUGAGAGCUACAUUACAGUGACAGCACACUACGUCAAUAAUGAUUGGGAGAUUGAAAGUCCAGUACUUCAAACUCGCCCUAUCUAUGAAUCACACACAAGUGAUAAUUUGGCAGAAGUGCUAAAGGAAGCAGUAUUAGAAUGGAAACUGGAUAAACAAAAUACAACCAUCCCUGUGACCACUGAUAAUGCCAAAAACAUUGUCAAUGCCUCAAAUGCAGCUGGAUUGUCACAGCAUAUAGGGUUUUUUGCACACACAGAAAACCUGGCAUCCCAGAAGGGGUUGGGAGUAAACCAGAUUUCUCGUCUGUUGAGCAAAGUCAGGAGAGUCGUCACCUUCUUUCAUAAGAGCACGACUGCAGCAGUUGUCUUAAAGGCCAAACAAGAGAUGCUCCAGCUUCCUCCUCACAAGCUGAUUCAAGACGUCACUACAAGGUGGAACUCCAGCUAUGACAUGCUCAAACGCUACUUAGAGCAACAAGCUGCUGUUUAUUCUGCACUCACAGAAAAAGAUGUUAAAAAGAAUGCCAAAGAUCUCAUCACACUCUCUGAUCAAGAUGUGACUGUUCUGGAGGAUGUGGUUGAGGUUCUGAAGCCCAUGAAAACAAUCACAACUCUAUUGAGCUCAGAACAGCAGCCCACUGUGUCUAUGAUCCUGCCACUCAAACACUCCAUUCUCACAACAAUGAAACAUACUGGCACAGAUUCACAGAUUGUGAAGGAUGUUAAAUCUGCUAUAGCAACCAACAUUGAAGGGAGGUAUUCAGAUCUCAGUCUUCAACAGUUCCUGAAUGAGAGCACUGCCUUGGACCCUCGGUUCAAGUCUUUACCCCAUCUGGAUGACCCCUCUCGGAAAGAGAUAUUCAACAGUCUGGCUGAGAAAAUCCUACAAAAGCAUCCCACACAGACUCAGGCCUCAGGAAAUGCGACCAGCCAAUACCAUGCAGAGAACCCAGAAACUGCAGCAUCCAGUGAAGGCAGCCCCCCAGCAAAGAGAAUCACACUCAGUGAACUGUUUGGUGACUUUUAUAGCACAGCCUCCACUACAUCAACAACACCAAAAUCAUGGCCUGAUGUUGUCAAGGAGGAGAUUGAGCUAUACAGGAUGGCAAAAGUAAUUUCUGUGGAUGCAUAUCCACUGAAAUGGUGA